UAUCUAAAUAGAGCGGUGUAACCGCGAAAUAGGCCCGCCAUGUUUUCUGCAAACGCAGCAGGAGGAAGAUAACUUGCUGUCUUACCGGGCUGCCGCGGCCCGCCAGCACAGACGGCACAGCUGCGUCCGAGGGUGGGUGUGCUGCUUCGGGUUCAAGAAGUAUCCUUGCUUGAGGCGGGGAAAGAAGGUUUCCUAAACCACGUACUCCAAAUAAUCCAUUUUAAAAGAAACUAUUCACUGGUCAGGAGGAUCUGAAGGCAGAAGUCAAAUAAUUCUACAAAAGCUGAUUGAAUGAAUUACUCACUAGUUGCUUAUGAUGAUUCAGACUCUGAGGCAGAGGCUGGCAAGACUGAAGAUGCUACCAGCAGUGACAUGAAUCUUGUAAAUUCUAUACAGAGCUCUGUUCAGUCCCAUAGUGGGAAAGACACAAUUUCUGAGAGUAAAAUCCAACCAGUGGAAUACAUGGAUAAUUCUAGAAGGAACAUAUUUCAAGAAGAUGUCCUCUUACAGUACCCACAGGCUAAUAAAAACUAUUUAGUAGCAGUUAAUCCCAAGAAAACAUAUUCUGCUAUACUGAAAAUACCAAAUAGUGAUUGCAACCAGUCACUGAGCCCUUUGCUGAAACCUAAAAGACUUCCUGGGAAUGAGAGUUUCUCUCAGAAGAGAGCCUGUUCUGACAGUGAUGCUACCAUACAGGGGCUGAGACCAUAUAUUCCUAAAAGACUGAGACAGGAAAAAAAUACACUGCUGCAUGAAGCUGAAGACCAUGGAGGGAGCACAAGUUGUGUGACCAAACUUGGUACUGGAGGGGAUCAAAUAUCCAUUAAAACUUCUGAAUAUAUUAUGCCGUACAUAGGAUCCAAAUACCGGGUAACUGAAAUUCCUAAGAACCUGGUGUUUCAGAUGUCUGAACAUAGUGGCCCAGUUAAUGCUGUCAGAUGGUGUCCUGUGCAGAAGUGGAGCCAUAUGUUACUUUCUGCAUCUAUGGAUAAAACUGUUAAGGUUUGGGAUGCUGUGGAUCAAGGCUGUUGCUUAACAACAUACUUUUGCCACACCUCUGCUGUUCGAGCUGUCCAGUGGUCCCCCUGUGGAAGAGGCGUUCUCAGUGGGGGCUUUGAUUCUAUGCUUCAUUUCACAGAUAUUGAAACAGGACUGCAGACCUUUAGCCGUAAGAGUGAAUUCCGAAUCAGCACUUUGGAGUUUCACCCUCUUGAUCCCAAUGUUUUUAUUUGUGGAGGAUUCAGUCCAGAAGUUAAAGCCUGGGAUAUAAGGACUUGCAAGGUUAUUAAAGUAUAUAAAGCUGCAAUACAGCAAACCUUGGAUAUCAUGUUCCUCCCUGAAGGAAAAGAAUUUCUUACCAGCACCGAUGCAGUAAGCCAAGAUUCAGCUGACCGCACCAUCAUUGCAUGGGACUUUCACACAGCUGCAAAGAUCUCCAACCAAAUUUUCCAUGAGCGUUAUACUUGUCCCACUCUAACACCUCACCCAAAAGAGUCUGUCUUCGUUGCUCAGACAAACGGUAACUACCUGGCCUUGUUUUCUAGCCUGCGACCCUACAGAAUCAACAAAAAAAAGAGAUAUGAAGGGCACAAGGUUGAAGGAUUUGCAGUAGGCUGUGAGUUUUCUCCAGAUGGAAUGCUUCUGGCGACCGGAAGUUCAGAAGGCAAAGUGUUUUUCUAUAACUAUAGUACUGCUCGAAUCAUUCGGACAUUGUCUGCACAUAGUCAAGCCUGUGUGAGUGCAACUUUUCAUCCAGUUCUGCCGUCGCUCUUUGCUACAUGUGACUGGGGAGGAGAAAUCAAGAUUUGGCAGUAAAAAGAUUUUUAUGCAGCACUGUCUCCAUAAAAGUUAGCCAGCUUGCUGACUUUCCAGCUGUCCUAUUUUGCAAACUUAUGAAAGGUUUAUUUUAAAUUUUCUGGGAAGGGGUGAGAGACUUGGGUUUGGGACACUGGGUUUUUCUUCCCUUCUCUCCUCACCUAUGUUCCCUGUAGCAGGGAUUCCCAGACAUUGUUGACUACAAUUCCCAUCAUCCCCAACUGUAGUGGUCUUUGGCUGGAGAUCAUGGGAGUUGUAGUCAAUAAUGCCUGGGAAUCCAUGCAACAGGGAAUACUGCUCCUCACCCAGGUGUCUCACUCUCAGGGCUCCUUUGUUUGGCAGUUUACCCCGAGCCGUGAUUUUUUUUGGACUACAACACCCAUAAUGCCCAUCCACAGUGGUCAGUAGUCAGGGAAUAUGGAUGUUGUAGGCCAACAUCUGCAGGAGGAACGGAAUCAUGCAGCCGUGAGUAAGGAUAAGAGGUCCCUUGGGAUUCGCUUGCAGUCCCCAAAUUGCUCAAUCCAUCCAGAUGACUCUGGGAUACACUACAAUCAAGUGUUAUUCCAGUGGGUUCACAGUCACUUGGGCUGCUCUGGGAACACAGAGGUCUGGAUCAUUUUAAGCUUGGCUAAAUCUACCCUUUGGCUUUUGGAUUACAUGUAAAAUAGGUUGCGCUGCUUAGCGAAAUCUGCACUUUGGCCCAUCUCACUGCAAUUUGCAUACUAUUGGCUUACCUUUCUACUACCCAUUGGAAGUAGAAAGUACUACUGCAAGAGUUCCCAUCUAAUUUGAGUGUUUGGCUGGGUCACAAUAGAACGCCUAGCAUCAUGACUGACGCAAUUAUGGAGGCGUUUCUGGUGGAGGAAACAUAUGAAAUAGGUUGGAAGACACCUUAGGGCGCAGGGCUGUCUCUCUCUGGAAUCUGAUGUAAUAUAUUGUUGUCCAUGCCACUUGCCUCUGUUUGAUGUCAACCUGUAUAUUUAUAAAUAAACCAUAUCACAAAGACA